AUGAGUUCUGAUAUAGGGAAGACAGAGUUACUUGCAAAACUCGAAAGAUUGGAUCAAGAGAUAAAUGACUAUUUUGACUUAACUUUAGACAAGGCGAGACUGAGGUACAAACGAGUUGGCCGAGGAAACAAGGUCAAGGUUGUUGAUAAAAUCCAAGAAAAAAGAGUAGCUGUCCAGAAAUGGCGCGAUAGUGUCAAGACUGAUUAUGAGACUGCGGUGACAAAGUUUAAAAGAGCAUGGGAUUUGCUCCAGAACAACCCCGAAUUAGACCUCUGUGCGGUGACCGAUAACCUAGGCAACUCCAGGAUCUUUCAAGUCCAUAAGCUCGGCGCGGUUCUUGAAAAUGUGAGCCUCACAAAUCUCGAGGUUUCGGCGCUCAAGCAGCAUGAUACGGAAUUUCCGCGAACCCUGGCGUCAAUGGGGGCUAGCAAAGAAGACUACGACGGAUUUUUGGAGUGGCAAGUCAAUAUCUUGGGGAGGAGCGCGACUUUAUACGAGCAGCUGCCCAAGGUCUAUUGGAAUUCACACAAAUAUCAGUGGAGCAAAAACUCAUACCGGAUAUGUGCUACAGCCAAAAACCUCGGAUCCUAUGCUACUUACUGCAAGUUCUUUAGCAAGCUAGGGAUAUGCACCAACGCCAACUGCAAAUUUGUGCAUGAUCCGCGCAACAUAGCGGCUUGCAAGGAUUUUUUGGCUAGCGACAAUUGUAAAUACGGAAGCAAAUGCCGGCUAUCCCACAAAUUAGGGAAUGAGUAUGUGACCCCGCAUUGCAAGGAUUUUGCUCAGCGCUCAUGUAAAUUUGAGCGCGGCGCGGAACAAUGGACCCAGAGCCGCGAGCAAGAUAGUGCUGUUUGCUGUCGUUACAUCCACUCAACAAUCGUGAAUUCUUCUUACCCUGUUUGCAGGCAGUUUGCUCAUAUGGGAUUCUGUUAUCGCGGGCUUCACUGCAAGUUUCCGCACUACCUGGAGUGCCCCGACUCAAACUACACUUCUACUUGUUUCCUCAACCAUUGUAAGUUCCCGCAUAUUGAACGCAAGGUCUUGCCAGACGAAAGAGCUGUCGCACUUAUAGAUAUACCGUCCAGCUGCCUCUUGCUCCCUCCGGCACGGGAGAAGGAUCACAGAGCGCCUAAUAGCUCCUGGUAUGGACUGCGAACCAAGCAACAAAGCAUCAACAUUAAAGACGGACCUGGUGAAAAAUUCACCACUGAAGCCGUCCCUGCACUCCAGCUAGAACCAGGAUCGUCAACCGAUGAUGUAUCUUCAAGUGAAGUUUCAAGCACUGGGUCAUCUGACAUUUCAAGCGAUGAACUGGACGCCGAUUUCAUUAAGCUAUAA